AUGGUCGCUCUUCAUCAGUUUGACUACAUCUUUGCGAUUUCGAUGCUUACAGCAUUUCUCGAUGCCUGGAAUAUCGGUGCAAAUGAUGUUGCAAACUCUUUUGCAUCUUCCGUCUCUUCCAGAUCACUUAAAUAUUGGCAAGCAAUGAUUCUUGCUGGUUUGUGUGAAUUCUUGGGUGCUGUCCUUGUUGGUAGUAGAGUCUCUGACACUAUUAGAUCCAAAAUUGUUAACGUUGAUAUUUUCUCUGAUGAUCCAGCUGUUCUUAUGCUUUCUAUGGCAUGUGCCCUUGUUGGAUCUUCAAUUUGGUUGACCAUCGCUACUUCCAUCGGAAUGCCCGUUUCAACUACUCAUUCCAUUGUUGGGGGUACCAUUGGAGCUUGUAUUGCUGCUAAAGGUGCCACAAAUGUCAAUUGGAAAUGGGGUGGUGUUUCUUCUAUUAUUGCAUCUUGGUUCAUUGCUCCACUUAUUGCUGGAUGUUUCUCAACUAUCAUUUUCCUUAUCUCCAAAUUUGGUGUUUUGGAAAUCAAAACUGUGGAAAAGUCCCUUCGUAAUGCUUUAAUCUUGGUUCCUUGUAUGGUUUUCAUUACAUUUGCCGUCUUAACUAUGUUAAUUGUUUGGAAGGGUGCCCCACAAUUAAACUUGGAUGAGUUAUCACCACAAGCUAUCGGUGGGUCCAUUAUUGGUGUUGGUGCUGUCGCUGCCUUACUCUUUAUGCUCUUCUUCUACCCAUACUACAGAAGAAAAUUAAUUCACAAUGACUGGACCUUAAGAUGGUACCAUAUUGCCAUUGGACCUCUUUUUUUCUUCAAAUCUACUGAUGAUAUCCCACCAAUGCCUGCGGGGCAUGAAUUGGUCAUUGAUUAUUAUGCUGGUAGAAGAUAUGACACUCCAGUUGUUCAUUCUGCUGCUGCCGCUGAUGAUGUUGAACAAAACCCUAACCCUGUUGUCCCGGGUACUGCCUCUAUCGACUCCUCUGGAAAGGAAGUCAAGACAGACAUUGAGAUUGAAGAUGUUUCAACAUCAGCUUCCCUUGCUCCAUCAGGUCAAAAGAAGAUCCCAACUAAGACUCUCUGGUUCAACCUCUUGAAGCAGGGUCCAAUGAAGUGGCCACUUCUUAUUUGGUUGGUUCUCACUCAUGGUUUCAACCAAGAUAUCAUUUCCUCGCAAGUCCAAUCCAAGGAUAUGCUUGCUGGUGACCUUCAAGCCCUUCACACCAAUGCCAAGUAUUACGAUAACAAAAUUGAAUUUUUGUACUCCUUUUUACAAGCUACUACAGCUGCCACUAUGUCUUUUGCUCAUGGUGCCAACGAUAUUGCCAAUGCAGCUGGUCCAUUGGCUACAAUUUACCUUGUUUGGUCCACCAACACCACUGGUAGAAAAGCUGAUGUCCCAAUCUGGAUUCUUUGUUACACUGCUGCUGCUCUUGUUAUUGGUUGUUGGACUUUUGGUUACAGAAUUAUGGCCAACUUAGGAAAUAAGCUUAUUUUACAAUCACCAUCUAGAGGAUUCUCUAUUGAACUUGGUGCUGCAGUUACAGUUGUGAUGGCUACUCAAUUGGCAAUUCCAGUUUCAACUACUCAAUGUGCUGUUGGUUCUACUGUCUUUGUUGGUUUGUGUAACAAGGACUUACGUGCAGUUAAUUGGAGAAUGGUUAUUUGGUGUUAUCUUGGUUGGAUGGUAACAUUACCAGUUGCAGGUAUUAUUGCCGGUGUAGUAUGUGGAAUCAUCCUUAAUGCUCCAAGAUUUGGAGGAGAAUACAUCUUAACUUGA